AUGAGUUCAAACAAAGACCCUCGAAAAGAGAAAAUCAAAUCUCUCAUCCGAACCAUCCCAGACUAUCCAGCAAAAGGUAUUCAAUUUAGAGACAUUAGUACCUUGAUGGCCGACAAGGAAGGUUUAGCUCUUGUUGCUGAUUUAUUUUAUGAGCAAUACAAGGAUGCUAAAAUUGAUUUGGUCGUUGGUAUUGAAGCUCGUGGGUUUAUUCUCGGAGCUUUGUUGGCGUAUCGUAUCGGUGCUGGAUUUGUGAUGGUGAGAAAAGAAGGAAAGAUGCCUGUAGGAAAUGGAGUAGAGACCAUCAAGGAGUCCUAUCAAAUGGAAUAUAGAUCGGCCACAACCAUUGAGAUGCAUACCGACUCUGUGAAGCCAGGUCAACGUGUGAUUAUUAUUGAUGACUUGUUGGCAACUGGUGGUACUUUGUUGGCAGCUGCCAAGCUUGUGGAAAGACUUGGUGGAACUAUUGUUGAGUUGUCGUGCAUUGUGGAAUUGCCAGACCUUGGAGGCCGAUCCAAACUUGCGGGUUAUCCACUCUAUCACAUGGUUGAAUUUGAAGGAGAUUAA